UCACAAACUAACUCACUCACAAACUAACUAACUCACUCACUCACUCAUUCAUUCAUUGCAGUCGAAUGAAACCCUUUGGUUUGCUCCUUGGACAGGAACGAGGUGGUCUCUCUCCAGCACACACCCCUCCACGCCAGUGCGCUCACGUGCACGCGCGUUUGAAUCAUUGGCUGAAACUCCUUCAGCUCUGAUUGGCCCAAAGUUCGGUGGGGUUAGUUCUGAAGAAGGCAGGCAGCCCCCUGAGCCUCAGUCCAGUCCUCAGACCCUCUCCAGCUGAGACACAAGCCCUCCUCCUCCUCAGCCGAGUGAGAACCGGAGCGAUGCUCACUGCGUGUUUGGAGUUCCUGGGCCUGGCGCUGUGCGUCUCGGGCUCCCUGCUGGGGAUGGUCGCGUGCUGGCUGCCCACGUGGAAGGUGACCGCCUUCAUCGAGUCCAACAUCGUGGUGGCGCAGACCAUCUGGGACGGGCUGUGGAUGUCCUGCGUGACGCAGAGCACCGGCCAGAUCCAGUGCAAGAUCCACGACUCGGUCCUGAGCCUGACGCACGACCUGCAGACGGCGCGCGCGCUCACGGUCAUCUCGGCCGUGCUCGGGGUGGUGGCGCUGACGGUGACGGUGUCCGGGGCGCAGUGCACGGUCUGCAUCCGGGACGAGGCGGUGAAGGCCAGGGUGGUGCGCGCGGGCGGGCUGAUCUACAUCCUGAGCGCGCUCCUGAUGCUGGUGCCGCUCUGCUGGAUGGCCAACACCAUCAUCAGGGACUUCCACAGCCCGCAGGUGCCCGCCUCCAAGAAGCGCGAGAUCGGAGCGGCCAUCUACGUGGGCUGGGCCGCCACGGCGCUGCUGCUGCUCGGCGGGACGCUGCUGUGCUGCUCCUUCUCCCGGCUGGUCCGGAGCGACUGCCCCGACAAAUACGUCACCGUCAAGACCAUCACGGCCGGCGGGCAGUCCGACAAGCAGCAGCACUACGUGUAAACUUUGACCUGGAGACGUGUGGGACAGGCUGGAGACGUGUGGGACAGGCUGGAGACGUGUGGGACAGGCUGGAGGACAGGAUUUUCUGAAAGAGACAAAGUUUUCACUGAAGCCAUGACUGAUGAGGUUUUCUGUGGCCAAUUUUUAGAAAUCUAUUUUUUAUUUCUUAAACAGGCUGCUUUAUUUCGGACAAUAAGCCGUUUUUAUUCAAGAAACUCUAAAACUGUUUGAUCUAAAUACACAAAAUUUAUAAUUGUCUGAAAUUUAUCAUGUAGAUUUUGUAUGAAGGGUUUUGCUUGGUUUGUGUGCUUUUCAUUUUGUUGUUAAUAUUCUAGCUUCUUUUUUUAUCAUUUUAUUAUUAUUGUAAUAAAGAAACAAAACUUUUGUUAAUAACACGUUC